AUGAAUGGUUUGUUCAACGGUACGUCGGUAAAGAAGCUUUUGGGAUGGAGAAUCGGUGAAGAAGAGGAAAAAUUCGCUGAAAAAGCUGUUGAAACAUUAGUGAAGAAGCUCAGAAAGAAGAACGGAGGAAUUGGAACCCUCGAAGAUUUGGAGUACGCAUUGGCUCAUCCUGGCUCACAUUCCAAGUGUGUUGCUCUUCCGAAGAGUCAGGAUGGAAGAUUACAAGUAUCUCAUCGGAAAGGUCUUCCUCAUGUUAUCUAUUGCCGCGUUUGGCGUUGGCCCGAUCUGCAGUCUCAUCAGGAAUUGAGGCCCGUUCCUGAAUGUCUCUAUCCACAUGAUCACAUUAACAAAACUCCAUACGUAUGCAUCAAUCCUUACCACUAUCAACGAUUGGAUCACGCAAGAGUGGGAUUUGUAUCUCUGCAGGUCAGCCCUUACAGUACACCGCCUACACAGUAUUGGGCUACUGUAUCGUACUACGAACUAAACAGCAGAGUUGGUGAAUAUUUUAAGGUGUACAAAAACGAAUUGAUAGUGGACGGCUUCACAGAUCCGAAUUCUGAUGAACGUAUUUGCCUCGGGCUCUUGUCCAAUGUAAAUCGAAAUUCAACCAUCGAGAAUACCCGACGUCAUAUUGGUAAAGGAAUCAGUCUUGUGUACACGAGCGGCUAUGACCUUUACAUACAAAACCUAUCGGAGUCAUCGAUCUUCGUGCAAUCUCGAAAUCUCAACUACAAUAUGCAUCAGGAACAAACUACCGUAUGUCGGGUGCCUGCUCACAGUGCUGCCGUAUGUGUUUUCAGCAAUAUCGUCUUCCAACAGGUGCGAUACCCUAAGUUCUUUGCAAUAAUUUCAGGAUGGGGACCAGAAUAUCCAAGACAAGAUGUGACGUCAACACCCUGUUGGCUGGAGAUACAACUACUUUACCCUCUCUGGUGCAAAAAUAGUUUGGCGGUUUCACCUAAGAGAAAUCAAACUAGUCCUGAAAUACGUUGA